AUGAACGUAUCAAAUUCUAUACUAAGUGAAGAUGUAGGCGAGACAAGAAUAUAUUUACUUCUUCUUCGUUUAAGUACACUGAUGAUCUUGGUGUCAUUGCUAACCAUUCACAUCAGAUCGAUGCGAAUGUUUCGCUGGGAACAGUCAGUGUCAGGAGGUUUGAUAAUAGCCUAUUGCAUUGCUGAGCUCGGGCUUACUUUAUGUGCGGGAACAUCGCACUGUAGUGGCUAUGCUUUGCAGGCAUACCUAUGCGGAUUGGGCGCAGCCUUACUAGCGGUAAAUGCUGCAGUUAUUUGGCAACUGUGGAAGAGAUCCAACCAGAUCACUCUCGUGGUGGCAGAGUUAUUAGAUGCAAUAGGCGUGCCUUUGAAACGUCAGGUCAUUGUCAAAGUAACACUAAGUGCUACGGCGGCUGCUGGAUUAUUGGUCGAUCUCGUGCUUGCUCCAUACUUUACAAAGCACCCUCGUUCCUUAACAUCGUUGUAA